AUGAAUUUCCUCCUAGCACUGUUGGUACUUCUACCCAACAUUGCUGCUUUUUUCGUCUCUCAAUGGAAGUCGUUACGAGAAAAUGUCGAAAUUGUUUCGGAUGUUGGUCCUGAACAUGAGAAAAGAUUUUUGUAUUCGCAUAACAGUGAUGGGCCACUUUUUCUGUUUGUCACUCCAUGCAGUGGUUCCGUGCACUGGAGGCUGUACAGCUUUGAAGGA